AAAAAAAAAAAAAAACCGUGUGCACAGAGAGAUCAGGAAUCCUGUAUUGUGACCAAUGCCGGCGAACCCAUCGAGGUUUGCCACAGUUUCCCUUUUACCAUGGGGAAACCGAGCGGCGAGGCCCACUCUGUGUUCUGGGGUAUUUUGUCAGCGUUUUGGACUCAGGAGCGAAUAAAUGAGUGGAAACAACAGCAUUAUCGGAGACGAAAGAACAGAAGUGUGCCAAAACCUGUUGACACUGUGCCCAAUGCGCACAGACUCUGGGGGCGAGGUCGUUUUGCCUUUCAGCCUGUGAAUCUUUCUGAAGAUCAGAAAUCCCUUACACUUCAUUUCUUCUGGCUGCCGACCAGAAAAUUUGCCAAAAGAAUGAGCAUCUCCACCCAGCCGUCUCUCCCACCAGCCUUGGAAUCAGGGCCAAAACAUGCAAAGCUGUUUGAUUGUCUCUCAGAGAUGAAGAUUUGCUCAGGACAUGAGAUUACUAUGACCACUGAUGAUCCUCUCAACAAGCCCUAUGAAGCACUCACUGAUUAUCACAUUGAGAUUGUACAACCCUUAGCAAGGCGAUUGCUCGAACUUCCUUUGGUUGAGAGCUUGAUGGGUCCUGACUGGGACCAUGGUUAUUUAGGUGUUACUUUCCAUGAUAUCUAUGGAACUUCUCCAAAUGCGAGGGACUCUGAAUCGACUCGUCGCAAUAAGUGGAGCCGCCGAUGUGGACGAUGACGAGCUGGAUGAUACUGAGGAGGAGGAGGAGGAGGAGGAGGAGGAGGAGGA